AUGGAUCGGCCCGACCUCUCCUCCUCCACUCGUGUCGACUAUCCGAACGGGGAUUGCUACUGCGGAUUUGUGGAGCUGAAAGUGAAGCAGCCACCCACUACGCAGACCCGCUCCAAGUUCAGCGCUUGGGCCGCCUCGGUGGAGCCGUCGCGGCAUCGCUGGGGUGAGCUGGUGACAUCCAGUGGCGAUCGCUACGUUGGGGAGUGGGCGGAGAAUGAGCGCGAGGGCUUCGGGUGCUACGUGUGGGCCAGCGGGAGCAGGUACACUGGUCGGUUCCACCGUGGCCAGUUCCACGACACAGGUACUCUUUUCAUUUCCCCUGCCGAGGUGGAGGAUUGUCUUUCUCGCUUGAGCAGCGAUGGCGGCUGGAGGUGCGGAAGCGGUGACGGCACGGCACUCACGGAGCGCCAGGUACCUUACUGGGCGGCUCGAUGGCCUCCAGCGUCACGACCAGGAUGGGAUGGCGUCGUGCUCGAUGUGGUGUGGUGUGAAGGCAAAUGCAACGGCGAGGGGCACGUUACGCUACCGUCCGGCAUACGAAUAUCCGCCGACUGGCGCACCGCCUCCAGCCCUGUGGAUGGCGAGCUCGUAUUGCCUAGUCUAACUCCCCAGGCCCGUAUGGACGUGGAGGUGUAUGAGUGGCGCGAGAGCUUUCAGUGGGAGUCACUGCUGAGCAACGCCGACUUUGAGGCGCGCCGCGUCGCGUAUGAGAAGGCUGAGCGUCCUCGUGUAGGUAUCCAGCAGUCCAACUCCACGGAGUACGUGCGCAGCUACGUGCUUGAGCUACUUAACACUCAUAGUGUCGCCAAGACUGCUUUGCAUGUGUUCCGGCGCUGCUUCUACUGCUUGUACGGCACCUGCGGUGUAGACGCGGAGGUGGGUGCCGGUGGUCGCAACAAUCCACUGGGGUGGUGCACGCUGCGUAACACAUACGGCGGCUGCAUCCACCCAGCGAACGGGCGGCCCAUUAGCGCUGCGGACCUUGACCUCGCUCUGCGUGAUAUUGUGUCGGUAGCGCGCUCGAUAGUACGCUGGGUGCUGGACAUGGUGGGGCCGGAGCAGCUGUCCAAGGUGCUCGACUGUGGAGGGGAAUCGCUGGUGGGUCGCUGGGUUGCAGACCGCGUCUUUCAGCACUGCUAUCCCGUCUUGCUGAACCUGUACAGCCAGGUGUACCGUGCGGAGGAGACAGCGCUGGCGGUGUCCGUGGCACGGCUGCGGGAUGCCGUCACACCUGACGACAUUGGCGUUGUCUUCGCACGUCAAAGCGAGAGUCAGGCGAAGCUCUUCGACCCGUACAUGGGCGCCGUGCAUUGCGUCGAGAAGCUGAACCAUGAGUCGCAGACCCUCACACAGCUGCUCAAGGUGUUGGUUCAGUGGUCGCGCGAGAUCGAUCUCUCAACGCGCCUCACACAGGCGUGCAAUGAUGGACGGCAGAAGUCUGUGAAGAGCACCGCCGGCUCCGCAGAUGAUCUGCUGCCCAUCCACCAGUAUGUCCUGAGUCAGUCUCGCUGCGGACGUCUCUACGCCGUCACUAAGCUGCUGUCUGACUUUGCCGCUGAGCCUCUAUUUAUGGAGGCCACCUCGCAGGAGGCAUUCGGAGUCACAACACUGCAGGUGUGUGUGCUGACCCUGCUUCGCCUUCACCCAUGGGAGAGGGACGUGUCAAACAUUCUCGUGCCGUUUUCUGUGGCGCUGGACGGCCUACGCGAGGCGGUGCAGCGACGGGCGGCACUCGCAAUGUGGGUUCGUGACGCCUGCGGCGGUGUCUCUUCCGCGGCGUCGGCAGAUGCACUGACCCUGGAUGUGGUGGAGCGAGUGAUGAACCGCUACGUGGCGCUGUGGGUUCCUCGCAUGGUUGGCUGGAUGGGCGAACACGCAACCGUCGCUUCCAGCCCCCAACCGGUCGACAAUGGCGAGUUCACGCAGGAGGAGCUCUCCCUGCUGUGCCCUAGGUGGCCUAUCGCUGACGGCGAGGAGGUGCUCUGCUUCUGCUGUUGGUUGUACGCUAGCGCUCUUUUAGACUCGGUGCGCUUGCGGCUUCUUCUCGGACCCCAUUCCGUGCCACACCGACUCAGUCGCGCCGAGGACGUGGCAGAGGCGUGUACGCAGCUGCGGUGGUGGGUUGCCGGCGCAGGCACCGCUGCGCCAAUGCUGCUACAGGUCAAAGCAGCCGCCUCUUCACCUCCAGCCAUGCCUAGCCGUAUGCUGCGCCUGGAGCGACACCUCACGGAGCUUCUCCACGAAUUUUAG